AUGGUUCUGCGGCUGACACAAAAUGCAGCCUUGAGUCGUAUGAUCCUGUUGCGAGGAAGGAAGCCAGCCUUUCUCGAGUUCCGCUCCUCCAAAAUCUUCAUCGUCUUCGCGGUGUGCUGGUCUGUCUUCACAGACGUCUUUUUGUAUGGCGUUGUCGUGCCCGUCAUCCCUUUCGCCCUCCAGGAUCGCGUCCACAUCUCCCACGGCGACACUCAACAUUGGGUCUCGGUUCUGCUCUCGGUAUAUGCAGCUGGUCUCCUCUUUUUCGCCCCAAUAUGUGGUGUUCUAGCGGACUGGACCAGUCAUCGGCGAGGGCCAUUCCUGGCUGGGCUUGUCCUCCUCUCAGGCUCAACUCUCAUGCUUUGUUUUGGAAAGACGAUCCCAGUCUUGGUGGUAGGCAGACUGUUGCAAGGUAUCUCAGCGGCCGUGGUCUGGGUGGUCGCCUUGGCUCUCAUGGCGGAUACCGUCAGUGAGGCGGAGUCGGGGCAGGCCAUUGGUUAUGUCAGCCUUGCAAUGUCCAUGGGAGUCCUGGUGUCGCCGUUGAUUGGUGGUGUUGUAUACGAGAGAUCGGGAUACUACGCUGUGUUUGGCGUCACAUUUGGCGUGAUCGGCUUCGACAUCCUAUUACGACUGGCCUUAAUCGAGAAGAAGAUUGCGGCGAGGUGGCUGGAACCAGAGUCUACAACGGUCGACUCACCUUCGGCGGCACCGAUACCAGCUGAAGUUGAACUCGAGGAACGGAACGAGUCCACCGCUGUCAUGGAGAAGAACACGGCCAACGCAACUGCUGAGCCUCAGAACAUGCAACACAAACGAAAGCUCCCGUCUAUUUUGAUUCUCCUCAAGUCCCGCCGUAUCCUGGUGGCAUUCUGGGGAAACCUCGUGGGUGCCAUGACUUUUACAGCAGUCGACACGACGCUCCCGUUGUAUGUCAAUCAGAUAUUCGGCUGGAAUUCCCUGGGCGCUGGGCUCGUCUUCCUCGCUCUGGUCGCACCUGGCUUUGCAGGCCCAUGGAUCGGGCACCUGACUGACAAGUACGGACCGCGCUGGAUUGCAGCCUCGGGCCUGCUCAUGUCGGUACCAUUCUGGGUGCUGCUCCGGUUGGUCGACCACGACACUAUCGGCCAGGCAGUGUUGCUUUGCGCGCUCUUGGUGCUCCUCGGGGCGGCCACUUGUCUUCUACUGACUCCCUUGAUGGCAGAAUUCAGCAAGGUGUGCGACGCAAAGGUGAGGCAGGAACCCGACGUCUUCCGCGGAAAGUCGGCCUACGCCCAGAGCUACGGGAUUUUCAACGUUUCGUGGGCUGGAGGAAGUCUUCUCGGGCCGCUGGUGUCUGCUGCGGUCAAGAACGCUGCGGGCUGGAAGACCAUGACAUGGACGAUGGCGUUGUGGUGCGCCGUAGGCAUCUUACCUACCGUCUUGUAUUCCGGGGGCAUGAUCACAAAGACCAAGAGACCCACGAGUAUGGGGCGAGUGCAGGCCGAGGAGAACGUUUGA